AUGAACACUUCCGGGGCAGUGGCAGCAGCCAGCACGGCGCUUGCGGUGAACAACAUGGCCAACACAAAGAUGAACGCGGCGUCGGCGGCGCAGCAGCAGGCGUCGUUGUCGCAGUCGCACACGUUCUCGCAGCAGGCGGGCGUGGCGGGGUCCAACGUGUCGACGGUGUCGGGGCGCGACGACACGACGAUCGUGGGGCUCCACUUCAAGAUUGGCAAAAAGAUCGGCGAGGGCUCGUUUGGGGUGCUCUUCGAGGGCACGAACAUGAUCAACGGCGUGCCGGUCGCGAUCAAGUUCGAGCCGCGCAAGACGGAGGCGCCGCAGUUGAAGGACGAGUACCGGACGUACAAGAUCCUCGCGGGCACGUCGGGCGUGCCGCAGGCGUACUACUUCGGUCAGGAGGGCUUGCACAACAUCCUUGUGAUUGACCUCUUGGGGCCGUCGUUGGAAGACCUCUUCGACUGGUGCGGACGCCGGUUCAGCGUGAAGACCGUAGUGCAAGUUGCAGUGCAGAUGAUCACGCUGAUCGAGGACUUGCAUGCGCACGACUUGAUCUACCGGGACAUCAAGCCGGACAACUUUUUGAUUGGCCGGCCCGACCAGCCGGACGCGAACAAGGUGCAUUUGAUCGACUUUGGCAUGGCCAAGCUCUAUCGCGAUCCGAAGACGAAGCAGCAUAUCCCGUACCGCGAGAAGAAGUCUCUCAGCGGCACGGCGCGCUACAUGUCGAUCAACACGCACUUGGGGCGCGAGCAGUCGCGGCGCGACGACAUGGAGGCUCUCGGCCACGUAUUCUUCUACUUCUUGCGUGGCCAGCUUCCAUGGCAGGGUCUAAAGGCCCCCAAUAAUAAACAGAAGUACGAGAAGAUCGGCGAGAAGAAGCGUAGCACCAACGUGUACGAUCUUUCCCAGGGGCUCCCCGUGCAGUUUGGGCGCUACUUGGAGAUUGUGCGUAACUUGGGGUUUGAGGAAACCCCGGACUACGACGGUUACCGCAAGUUGCUACUUUCGACUUUGGAAGAGCUGGGCCUGGAGUACGACGGCGAGUACGACUGGAUGAAGCUCAACGGCGGCCGCGGCUGGGACUUAACCAUCAACAAGAAGCCGAACUUGCACGGUUACGGGCACCCUAAUCCGCCAAACGAGAAGGGCCGCAGGCACAGAAGCAAGUAUCCUCAGCCAUCCGCUCCCCAGCAGAUGUCGUCUCCGCAGGACCCUCGAUACGGCAGCUCUCAACUCCAAUUACAACAAAGGCUGGAUCCUACCUCGUACGAAGCUUAUCAGCAGCAGACCCAGCAGCGGUAUGCCCAACAGCAGCUGAAGCUGCAGCACCAUCAGCCUCGCCUGAACUACCAGGCGCAACCGCUGCAACAGAGUUCUCAACAGCCACAGGCUCAACAGCAGAACCAGCAGACGCAGAACCAGCAGACGCAGCAGCAGCAGACGCAGUACCGCACCCAACAACAGGCCCAAUAUCCGUUCCCAUCGCAUUCCUCUCAACCAGGAAUGCACCAGAAGCAGGGCCUGUUGCAGGGCCAAAACGGCAGCGUUACAGCGGGAACGACGACUGCCAACGGUAAACAACAAGACGUAGGUUCUGUCUCUUCGGGUAAGGGCUUCUUUAGCAAGAUGGGUUGUUGCUAG